AUGGAAUUCAAACUGGGAUUGUACGCCUCAGGCAAUGAUUGUAUUGAUAAUCAGCAACUAAUUGAAGACAAGCUAAUAAUGUUGGGUGUAUUGGACGGCGCUAUCAAUGAUUACGACGAUCUAAACAAACUGGACGGUGGAACUGAUAUACAAGAGGGUAAGUUUAGUUGGCUAGUGGUCAGGGCAUUGGAAUUAGCAGAUCAUAGACAACGGGCCAUAAUUUAUGAUAACUAUGGCAAAGUAGAUGAUAUGUGUGUCCAACAAAUCAAACAACUCUAUAAAGAUUUGGAUUUGAAAAACCAAUUUCUAGUUUACGCUAAUCAAGUGUUUGCAGAUAUUCACAAAUUUUGUUUAGAAACUGACAACAAUUUGGUAACCAUAUUAUUGACCAGUUUUGUCGAUUUGGUUGACGGUUAUCUAAAGCGUGUCCUUAAAUAA